ACAGUUUGUCAAUCAGUUGCCUAAGCAUUGAGCAAGGCAAGCCUUUCUUGUUAGCUAUUUAUCAAACUGUUUAGUGCGGGCAGAUUUCUUAAGUCUUCUCACAUUUGUUUGUACAUAUUUGAAAACGUGUUUAACACAUUAACCGACUUGUAGUUUUCUUUUCUUAUCAAAUACAUAAGGUGAGACUGUCGGUAGAGCGCAGCUAGCCAGGUAUCAGAUCAGGCUAGUGAAUGUGUAUCUGUAGUAGCCCCCGUGUUAGCUCGAUAGCUAGCUGAGCAGCGGUAACACUCAGAGGAGGAAUGAACCAUAAAAGUAAGAAGAGGAUUAAAGAGGCGAAACGGAGCGCCAGACCCGAACUGAAGGAUUCAAUAGACUGGAUAAAACACGACUAUCACCAGACUUUUGACGUGUCACAACGCACCGUGAAGGACAACGUUGAGCGUGUGGAUGCCCGACAUCUUACUCCUGAAGAGUUCAUCCAGCGUUUCGAGCGGCCCUACAAGCCUGUUGUCCUGCUCAAUGCCCAGGAGAACUGGCCGGCUCAGGAGAAAUGGACUUUGGAGCGCCUCAAACGCAAAUACCGCAACCAAAAAUUUAAGUGUGGAGAGGACAACGAUGGAUACUCAGUGAAGAUGAAGAUGAAGUACUACAUGGAGUACCUGGAGACUACCAGGGAUGACAGCCCGCUCUACAUCUUUGACAGCAGCUACGGCGAACAUGCCAAACGCAGGAAGCUGCUGGAGGACUACCAGGUGCCCAUCUUCUUCAGGGAUGACCUGUUCCAGUUUGCAGGAGAGAAGCGCAGACCACCAUACAGGUGGUUUGUAAUGGGCCCGGCCCGCUCUGGCACCGGCAUCCAUAUCGAUCCACUGGGCACCAGCGCCUGGAACGCCCUCGUUCAAGGACACAAGAGGUGGUGUCUGUUCCCCACCAACACACCCCGGGAGCUGAUCAAGGUGACCAGAGAGGAUGGUGGCAACCAGCAGGAUGAGGCUAUCACCUGGUUCAACGUGGUUUAUCCUCGAACGCAGCAGCCGAACUGGCCUCCAGAGUUCGCACCGCUGGAGAUCCUCCAAAAACCUGGGGAGACCGUUUUUGUGCCUGGCGGUUGGUGGCACGUGGUCCUCAACCUGGACACAACAAUCGCCGUCACUCAGAACUUUGCCAGCACGACCAACUUUCCCAUCGUGUGGCACAAAACUGUCCGAGGGCGACCCAAACUCUCCAGGAAGUGGUACCGAAUCUUAAAGCAGGAGAGGCCGGACCUGGCAGCGCUGGCUGACAAAGUGGACCUUCAGGAGUCGACGGGCAUCGCAUCAGACAGCUCUAGCGACUCUUCAUCAUCAUCAUCCUCCAGCUCGUCUGACUCUGACUCUGAUGCAGCAUCAGGCUCUGAGGGGGACGCCAUGUCCCACCGCAGGAAGAAGAGACGGACCUGCGGGACGGCGGCCAACGGUGACACCAGCAGCCAGGACGACUGCGUCAGCAAGGAGAGGAGCUCGUCACGGUGACCUACGGCCACCUCCGUCCUGCCUCCACCCACCUCCAGCUGGUGACUCCUUCGCUCAUGAACACAGAAACAGCUGCUUCCUGUCUAGUUUAGGUAAAUGUCUAAACCCCUCAGUGAAAAGCGUUGUUAGAUUUAGGAGGAGGAUCCACUGGAGACCUGUCACCACUGUGCUUUCAAUCAAUAUUUGUUUGUGUGUGUAGCGUCUGUAGUGUGAGGACAUGGAGGAGAAUAUGAAGAGAGAUUAUACCCCGUAACCAGACUGGGGAGGGUACUGGGGAGUAUGGUGACACUGGGAACUUGUUGUGGGCUUUAAAAGUCUCUGAGCUGCGUUGUAAUGUGAGCCUGUUGAGAAAUGAAGGGAUGGGAAUAUUUCUGAGGGGCGUCUGUGACUGUAAACAUGAAAUUCAGCCAUCAGAAGAGCUGAAAAUCAACAGUGUCUGUAGUUUAACACCCUGUGUCACUGCAGCAGUACUGACACAUCUCUGUACAUUUAGAAUAUAUGUUAAACUUGGGCCUCUAUUUUCACAUGUGUAAAAUGGCUACAUUCGACUUUUGUGUUAUUGUUUUGUUCUUUUUAUGUGCUAAUUGAAAAUACUGAGACACACUGGGGGGAAAAAUCAACUCACUGUUUUGUUGUAAUGCACACAUAAUUUGAAGUAGUUUACAUAAGCUACUUUAAAACACUAAGACAGCACAGUUGACACAUUUUCUUCAUAUUUCAGGGUGUGCAGCUGGAGGUGAAUGCUAAUUUGUCUGCAGACUGAUAGUUGUCAGUGAGCUUUUCUCUGUAACUGGGGAGGUUCAUGAUUGUUAGCUCAUCUUUCCAGGCGAGUAACCGUGGUGAAACUAGAGGCCCAAGUCGUCUUUAGGAGUCCAUAGAUUGGUGUCCAUUAAUGACCAUUCAAAAUGAAAACUGACCACCAAAUGUCAUUUAAAACUCUGGUGGCUUUUCCGUAAACUGGUUGGAGGUGUUGUCAUCUCUUCUAGCUGCCUUGGUGAUUUAACUUCAUGCUGGAAGUGUCACUUUAGUCAUCUAGCCUUAAAGAAACAGAAGAGUUAAAGAAAACACAUGCAUGUAAAAGCAUGGAUUCAGAGUUACGCUGUAUUAAAUACCAGAGACUGAAGGUUGUGUUGCAGCAGCUCGGCCUUCACUUUGAUGUUCUGCCUGGUUUGUGCCAAAACGCAGCAAAUGAGAGGAACUGUCCAGAGGCACAGAAGGCUGGCUUAAUGUGGAGUCAGAUUGAGUUUGUAGUCGUAAUAAAUGACAGCAGAGGGCACUAGACACACUGCUGCUGUUUUUUAAAUCCAGUGGAUGUAAGAGAUGGUUUUGGAGUCUGAUAAGGCUGGUGUGUUUCAGAAUGAACAGAGUUUAUUAGCAUUUAUUAAUCAGGUCGUGCAUCUUGUCGAGGUUCAGCUGAGCUUUCAGUAGAAGAAGAGUGAGUGAUUCGAUGAGCAACUAAUCACUGAUUUACUGUAGAUGUGGCAGAGCCUGUUUGUUCAACACGGAGUCAAACAUCAACUAAUAAAUAUUUUUAUCAAUGAUUAAUUUGCCAAUUAGAGCUGAAACAUAAAUUGGUCAACAAACUAGAAAUCAACAGCUGCCGAUUCAUUUGUCAUUUAGUUUUUAAAGCAAAUGUGGGGAAAAAAUAUCUUGCUGCUUCUUAAAUGUGACUAUUUUUUUGUUUUCUUCCUCUUCUGUGAUAUUUAACUGAAUGAUAAUGGGUUUUGCACUGUUGGUCAAACAAAAUGAGACAUAUGAAGGGAACUUCUUCCUACUGCUGACAUUUUAAAGACCAGUGAUUUUCCCCCUGAACAACCAGAGUGACUUGUACUUUUAUCCCAGAGGUUACUCUUGCAGUUACCAGGAGGAACAUGGAAAGAUAACUGAAAAAAUAGCAGUUAUGAUUCAGUAAAAUAUCCACAUAUUUGUAUUUAGGAAUCAAAUAACACCGAAACAGGAUUGCAAGUUAAACCAUCAGCUUUGAUAGCCAAUGCUAUACAGGAAACACCUGCACACCACCCGAAGGAGUAUCUGAGCUCAUCUGACAGUAAUGGUCGUGAACCCAUUGUUACAGGUGAUAAUGAAAAUGAACAUUAUAUCUUGAUUAACUGGCUGAUUUAACAUCAGAGAUAAGUAAAAUAUGUAUUUUCAAAUGUCCCAUUUUGACCAACCAACAGACCAAAACCUAAUAUAUUCAGUUUACUGUGAUAGAAAACAGAAAAUUCUCACUUUUUUGCUUUAAAAAUGUCUUAAAUAAUUAAUAAUUUACCAGAAUAGCUGCUAAUAGGUCUUCUGUUGAUCCACAAUUCUUACUGAAGCUUUGUGCAGCCCUUACUAAAAGCCUGAGUUGCGUAUAAUGAAUUGUAAAGUUCUCCAGAUGACGUAACUUGCUGUAUGUGUGCAGUUGAUAUGAAUCUGUUGCUUUAGACUUAAAGUGCCUAUAAAGAAGCUUGUUAGUGUGACUGUUGGGGAGGUUUAUGUGUUUUUAUCUGUUCUUAAACUAAUUUAAGGCACUGUGUUGGUCUCUGAGGUCGGUCACAUAGUGUCGUCGUCUCCCCCCCCCCAUCCUGUAGGUUAAAUGUUUAUGAAGUGAAUCUGAGGAGCCUCUUCACACUCAGACAGCCCCUGAUGUGAUAAAUUUCAUUUUUGAUCAAUAAAAUCUUUUCUAUGACUCGA